AUGUUCUCUAUGUCUCGGGCCCUCAUCUUCGACGCGCCGCAAGGUGCGAGGGCAGAUCCUGCAUCCCUGAUUUUCCCAUCGCGGCCAGCCAUUGCCCUCCACUCUCCUCCUCUGCUCGUCCUUUGCGCUCCAGAGGUCAAACCUCAGAGCAACUGUCUGGUUUUUCCCUCCCAGCCCCCAGCACCUUGCCCACCAGAAAUUCUAAGCUCGCCGUCUUUCCACGUCCCCCGUAUCUCAGCUCUUACGCCAGCCUCAGACGACUCUGUUUUCGUGUCUGAUAUUGCGGCGGCAGCACUGACCCGCGCUUUCCCAUCGUGUGGCAAACCACGCCGACCCAAGGCAGGUUGCGCGCACAACGAGUCCAUCCUCCGGCCAUUCGUUCCAGCACCCAUGCGAGCCCUGGCAUGGCAGACACCCUACGGCACUUCCUUCUUGGCAUCUCGACGUUACCUCCCGGCGGGAGAUAUGGCGCGUGUGCGUGCGGAGAUCUCCAACUCCUUAGCAAAGAGCUCAAAGUCCUCUUAUGCUGCAGGGCCCUUGCGGUUCACACAGUACUGUGAUCGCAACGCCAUAGUCAAAACUGGAAUAUGCAUGCACAGCUCUCACUCUAACAAGAGAGACAACAAAAGCUGA